AUGGCUUCUUCUUCACCUCAUGUAAAGUAUGAUGUUUUUCUUAGUUUCAGAGAACUUGUAAAAAUCCUUGAGUGCAAGAAACUGUACGGCCAAAUUGUGAUACCGAUUUUCUAUCAUAUAGAUCCAUCAGAUGUAAGGAAGCAAACAAGGAUUUUUGGAGAUGCAUUUGUUGAACACGAAGGACGAUUUAGGGAGAGGCAAGAGAUGUUGCCGAGAUGGAGGAAUGCUUUAAUUGAAGCAGCCAAUCUAUCUGGCUUUGAUUCAAAUGCCAACAGGCCUGAAUCGAACCUCAUUGAGAAAGUUAUUGAAGAGAGUUUAAAGAGAUUGAAUGAUAUGUCAUCUAGUGAUAAUAAGAACUUGGUUGGAGUAGCAAUGAAGAUCCAAAAAAUUAAAUCUUUACUGUCUAAUGGGUUGAAUGAAAUACGUAAGAUAGGAAUUUGGAGGAUGAGUGAUAUAGGUAAGACAACCAUUGCUAACGUAGUGUUCAACGAAAUGUUAAGUCAAUUUGAAGGUUCCUAUUUCAUUCAAAAUGUUAGGGAAGAAUCAGAGAAACGUGGACUAAGUCAAUUACAGAAAGAACUUCUUGCUACAAUAUUAGGGGAUGGACACCUCAAUAUAACACUCACUUUCACAAGAGAAAUGCUUAGACAGAAGAAAGUUCUCAUUGUUUUUGAUGAUGUCACACACUUAAGUCAAAUAAAUGAAUUAAUUGGACAUCUUGAAAACUUGGGUUCAAGAAGUCGAAUCCUUAUAACAACAAGAGAUAAGCAAAUACUUAAAAAUUGCGGAUUGGAUGAUGCUACUAUAUAUGAGGUCAAAGGAUUACAUGGUGGUGAAUCUUUUCGACUUUUUAAACAAUAUGCCUUCAAACAAAACCAUCCCAUUGAUGAAGAUUAUAUGAAGCUAUCAAAUAGAGUAAUAAGUUACACCAAAGGUGUGCCUUUAGCUCUUAAAGUCUUAGGUUCCUUUCUACUUGAUAGAGGAAAACACGAAUGGGAGAGUGCAUUGGAUAAAUUAGAAAAGUUUCCAUAUAAAGAUAUCCAAACAGUUUUAAAGAUAAGUUAUGAUGGACUAGAUGAUGAAGAGAAAGAUAUAUUUCUAGAUAUCGCAUGCUUCUUUAAAGGAUGA